AAAACGGUAGUGUUCACGCGCGAACGCACCCAUAAGAAACACGGGGGGAGCGGGGCGCGGAGGACGGAACGCUGCGCGCCGACGCCAUUGCGACCGCCGACCAGACCUUGUUCAACUCGCAAGCGAGCGAGCGCAUUCCGCCCUUCUUUAUUACAUUUCCGUUUGUGUGUCAGUUCUUUUUUAUUGUUUUUCUAUACAAAUUAUACAAAUUAAUCCAAAAUACAGUCCACCAUUAUUGAAGAGCACCCCUAACAUUGGUCCUUCCACCGGUAAAGAAGAAGCGUUGCAAUAACUUCAAGUAAUAAGCGGCGGAGCCAUAACCACGUGCGCGUCUAUUGUGUCGUGGCAUCAUUUCGUCGAGCGAAGAUUGAACAACUCUCCACUCAUCACUGCAAACACGUGCGCCGAUCUAUUGCGCCGUGGCAUUAUCAUUGUCGGUGACGAGUGAAAUCUUGAAAAUUGAACGAGCCUCCAGUGAAGACACGUGCGCUGAUACAUCGCGGCGUGGCAUCAUUCCUGGCACAACACAACCCGUGAAGAUCUGAAGAGAGGACACAACGUGCCGCCGCUCUGGGGCCGCUGCAUCGCUGCUCGAGAUAGUCUGUAAAAACACGGACGUGUUGUGAGUUCGUUCCAUUUUUUCCUUCAUUCACACCUUGCAUUAAUUGCACUUUUCCUUUAAAUUUAAUUCAUCCAUUUUCCCUCUAUUUGUGUUGGCACAAGCUAUUCAUUUUGCACGUGCUAUAUGCAUUACUUCGCUUUGCUAAGCGUGGGGCGGUCGCCAUUUUGAGUACACAGUUUUUCACGAAAUUGGUUGUAUUCAGUGCUUAUUUUUCAACGAAUAUCGCAUGUGGGACAGAUAACGGCUAGCUAGCACGCAUGCAAUUAGCUGUUAAACCGCAUAAUCUAGGUGUGUGAGCGUUGGUGCCUAUUUUUCAUUGCCGAUUUACAUUCCGAUAUUAUUAAGUACUUUAUUGUUCGUUUUUCUAUUGCACGAUGGCUGAUAUACUCAUAAGAAGGCGUGGUUCGAUGAAGGCGAAGCUCACUAAUUUCAGUAAAUAUCUCAGUGUUCUCGAAAGUAAUGAUGAGUUGUCUGACUUGCAAGUGCUUGACCUUGAAAGUCGACUUAGCAAAUUUGAAAAACUAUAUGGUGAAUUCGAUACAUUGCAGACCGAGAUUGAGCUGUUAUCCGAUAAUCCAGACGACGCUCAUGCUGAUCGCUUCAAAUUUGAAGAAAUGUACCAUAACUUGAUUGCCACGGCGCGGAAAGUCAUCACUACUGAGCAGGGGCAACGACGGCAGGAGCAGACUUCUGCAGGUUCCGUAUCAGGCUCCGAGGUGACAGGUGGGACGAGAAAUUUUAUACGUUUGCCUAAAAUUGACCUUCCCCGUUUUGAUGGCAGCUAUCAGUGUUGGUUAGAAUAUAGGGACACUUUUCUCUCAUUAAUACACAACAACAACAACAUUGACAAUAUUAGUAAAUUUCAUUACCUGCGCGCUUCAUUAAAGGGACAAGCCGGUGAAAUAAUAAAAAAUAUAGACUUCAAACAGGAAAAUUAUAGUAUAGCAUGGAAAUUAUUAUGUGAGCGGUAUGACAACAGUCGGUUAUUAAUAAAUAAUCAUGUCAAGGCACUAUUUAAUGCAGAGCCUAUUGUCAGUGAGACCAGUGCUGCCUUACGCCGCCUGGUUGAUGUCACAAAUAAGAACAUUCGAGCAUUGACUUUAUUGAAUGAGCCGACUAGGGACACCCUAAUUAUCUAUCUUAUGUCAUCAAAAUUAGAUGCUACUACCAGCAGGGACUGGGAAGAACACCGCAGCACUUUAGGCAAUUCACCAACAUUGCUUCAAUUUUCCACAUUUAUGAAUAAUAAGGCUGAUUUACUUGAAACUCUAGAAGAAAAUAAUAAAUUUGAUAACAUACAACCACCUAACAGUGUUAAACCUAAAAGUUUUAUAAUAACCUCACAGAAGCAAGAAACCAAAGGUAUUGAAAAAGACAAAAACAAAAUUAUUUGCCCGCUGUGUUCUCAAACUCAUUAUCUUUAUUCAUGUGUAGAAUUUAAGAAGUUAACAAUUGAAGAUCGAGUACAGAAAGCAAAAGAGUUUAAAGUAUGUUUGAAUUGCUUACGGGGUGGCCAUAUAGAAAAGCGUUGUAGAUUCACACGUUGUAAAUACUGUAAAAACCGUCAUAAUACCUUGUUACAUUUAGAUCAACCUGAGACUCAAGUUCAGGAUCCCAUGCCUAGUGUCUCCUCUAGCAAUGUGUCAUUCUCAGCAGAUAUACAGCCUACUUCUCAGAUACAUGUUUUACUUUCCACAGCUAUAGUGAGAGUGGUGAACAAUAAAGGAAAAAGGUGCAAUGCUAGAAUUCUUCUAGACAGUGGGAGUACAGCCAACUUCAUCACUGAGAAGUUGAGCAGGAGCCUUGGAUUGUCUCGAGUUGGUACUUCCUCCAGGGUAACAGCAAAAAACUAAGUGGUCGACGACAACGGGAGACAUCAAGGUGGGCAGCCUCGUCCUGGUAAAGGAUAAGGCGCUCCCACCUCUCUGCUGGCUACUGGGUCGCGUCGUACAAACGUACCCGGGGUCCGACGGUGUUGCAAGAGUUGCAGAGUUAAAAACUAAGAAGGGGACACUUCGGCGAGCCUUCAACAACAUCUGCCCGCUGCCACUCUCUUGAAGACUCCUUCAACCCGGGGAGCAUGUUCACGCGCGAACGCACCCAUAAGAAACACGGGGGAGCGGGGCGCGGAGGACGGAACGCUGCGCGCCGACGCCAUUGCGACCGCCGACCAGACCUUGUUCAACUCGCAAGCGAGCGAGCGCAUUCCGCCCUUCUUUAUUACAUUUCCGUUUGUGUGUCAGUUCUUUUUUAUUGUUUUUCUAUACAAAUUAUACAAAUUAAUCCAAAAUACAGUCCACCAUUAUUGAAGAGCA